AUGUCAGAUCACGUGAUUGGUCUGGACCUCAGUUGCAACAAACUAAAAGGUGAAUUACAUCCCAAUAGCAUCAUCUUUCAGCUUAGACACCUUCAACAACUUAAUUUGGCUUUUAAUAAUUUUUCUGGGUCUUCAAUGCCUAUUGGUGUUGGAGAUUUAGUGAAACUCACACAUCUAAAUACAUCAUAUUGUAACCUCAAUGGUAAUAUUCCUUCCACAAUCUCUCAUUUGUCAAAAUUAGUAUCACUUGAUCUUAGCUUUAACUUUGUCGAACUUGAUUCAUUGACAUGGAAGAAACUCAUUCAUAAUGCUACUAAUUUAAGGGAGCUUCAUUUGAAUAUUGUGAACAUGUCUUCCCUCAGAGAGAGCUCUUUGUCAAUGCUAAAGAAUUUGUCAUCCUCUUUGGUUUCUCUUAGUCUAUCAGAAACUGAGUUGCAAGGAAAUUUGUCAAGUGACAUCCUCUCUUUACCUAAUCUUCAAAGAUUGGAUUUGUCAUUUAAUCAAAACCUUAGUGGUCAACUUCCAAAGUCCAACUGGAGCACUCCUCUAAGGUACUUGGUCCUCUCUUCCUCUGCUUUUUCAGGUGAAAUUCCCUAUUCCAUAGGCCAAUUGAAGUAUCUUACUCGAUUAGAUUUUUCACGGUGCAAUUUAGAUGGGAUGGUUCCUCUAUCUUUGUGGAACCUCACCCAACUAACAUAUUUGGACCUUUCAUUUAAUAAACUUAACGGUGAGAUCUCACCAUUACUUUCAAACCUCAAACACCUCAUUCAUUGUGAUCUUGGAUUUAAUAACUUUAGUAGUAGCAUCCCAAUUGUUUAUGGAAAUUUAAUCAAAUUGGAAUAUUUAGCACUUUCCUCUAACAACCUAACAGGCCAAGUUCCAUCAUCACUUUUUCAUCUACCUCAUCUUUCUCAUUUAUAUUUAUCAUCUAACAAACUAGUUGGCCCAAUUCCAAUUGAAAUCACAAAACGUUCAAAAUUGAGCUAUGUGUUUUUGGGUGAUAACAUGUUAAAUGGAACAAUUCCACAUUGGUGUUAUUCUUUGCCUUCGUUGUUAGAGUUGUACCUCAGCAACAACAAUCUCACAGGGUUCAUUGGUGAGUUCUCAACAUAUUCUUUGCAAUAUUUGGAUCUCUCUAAUAACCACCUCACAGGGUUCAUUGCACGAAAUCUGAAAAGAUUAUAUCUCUCCAAUAACAACAUUCGUGGGAAAAUUCCCAAAUGGUUUCAUAAGAAGCUCUUAAACUCAUGGAAGGACAUUCAGUACUUAGACCUCAGUUUCAACAAGUUACAAGGAGAUCUUCCAAUUCCACCUUCUGGCAUUGAAUACUUUUCACUCUCAAAUAACAACUUCACAGGAUACAUUUCUUCAACAUUCUGCAAUGAUACAUUUCUUCAACAUUCUGCAAUGCCAGUUCCCUUUAUGUGCUCGAUUUGGCUCACAACAAUUUGA